AUGGUUGCAAAUGGCGCAGAUGGAAAAAUUGAACUAAGCGAUGAAUUGAAAGUAGCAAUAGCGGCUGAAGUUCGCGCCCAGAUUGUGCCAGUGGUCAAAGAAAUAGUUCGUGAGGUGGUCACUGAGAUACGCAGUGUGAUGACCGAAGUAAUGGCACCUAUAUAUGAUGAAUUGAAUCAACUUCGUAGCACUACCGCUACUACAAAUGGCGGUAAUACGAAUGCUUUGCAGUUGCAUGCAGCUUCUGCAGCUACACCUUCUAUCACUGCACCAGCAACAGUUGUUGCAUACCCGUCGGAGAGCGCCAUUUUAGCGGAAGUUUAUGCAGCAACAAGUAAUGUUGCAGUCACGAUGGGUGGCACUGCAUGUGCAGAUGCUGCUACAGCUGCUGCAGUUGCUGCACAAAAUGCACAAUUGCAGCAAUUUCUCAAGGAAAAUGCGGGUACUGCUUAUGAUCCAAAUAAAGGUAAAAUGUAUAUGGAAAAUGGAAUUGGUGCCAAAAGUCCGGAAGAUUUCGUUGAGCAACCAAGCGAACCACGGGCACGUGAAUCGACGAGCGAUUGUGCUGCAUACAAUUAUGUUUAUUAUAAUACCGCAUCUGCAGUACCAAUUAUGUCAAUGUUGGAUCCUGGGAGUAAUAUAUGUGUUUGUCAAAAAGUACCCAGUAUAUUUCUUGGAAAAGAAGGUGGGAAAAUUUCAUUUCUUGUCGAUACGCGAACAGUACCACUGAAAGAUCUUACAGCUGAUAAUUUAGGAAGCUGGACGUGCCGUUUUACUGCUCACAUGAAAUCCCGGAAGUAUAUGGUGAAGAAAGGUAAAGUAGUAGGACAUGUAAAGCAAUAUGGGCAAGUAUAUUCGGUACCGCAUGAUUACGAUUAUAUCCUUCAUCGUCAAUAUUAUUGUCAUGGUAAUACCAUUGGUCCAGCAACAAUUCGAAAGAAUAUUUGGUAUUUGUCUAACAAAUUACAUGGUGGUGAAGUUAUUGGCUGCGCUAUCAUUUCCUAUGAGAUUGGUGAUAAUGCAACAGUAAAAAUUUCAAAAUUACGACAGCGAACUCUUCUCAAUAAUUCAUCCGAGAAUUUGCGCCUUUUGAAAGCUGAAAUAUCGGCAACGCAGGAAGAAAUGGAUGUUAGUAAUGUAGCGAUGAAUCCGAACGCGGAAUUACAACGAUUUGUGAGUAAUAUUCAAGUACCACAGCAGUAA